CAAAUAUUUGCCAUGAAUAAAGAAGUAAUCUCUGAGAUGGACGAUUUUGAGUCGGUGACGUGCCGCAGGCGUUGCGAUGAGCUAAAGGUGUUCGAGAGCAAGACUCGCGUUAUCUGGCCGGCCCCAGAUAAACGGUCUGAGUCCGGCAAGAAGCUGGUCAACAUAGUCGUUGAAAAUUCAAAUAAUAUGUCUCCUAAGAAUCAGAAACCUAGAUUCACUUGGCAUUGUACUUCCCACGGAACUUACCAGCGCAAGCUGGUCAACGAUGACGGAACACUGGAAACACUGGAAACACUGGAAACACUGGAAACACUGGAAACUGUUGGUCCCCGACCGGGCUUGGCAUCCAAGGAUCAGGUAUCUUUGAUGAAUUCCAAUCCGAGUGCCAUAAAUCUGACCUCCCAAAUGCCGGAGGAAGAAUUGCUGCAGAAUGCUACAAAAUCUGAAAAGGGCACGGCUCUGUCGGCCAAAAAGUCCACUUCUAAAUUGUUGAAAUCGUUUAAGAAUUAUGUCAAAGAAAAUCUGAUGUUCCAAAGCUGUGCCAAUCAGACAUUUACCGAUUAAAACACAAGUGAA